UCUUCAUCACAUUCUGGCAUUAGUGGUCUCACUCCUCGAUCAAUCACCCCUCCACGAUAUCUCCAACCUCAAGACAUAUUCAAGAUCUUCAAUCUCACGUAACUUGCGAGCAUCACGAUGCGCAUUAUACUCGCUGCCACCUCGCUUCAAUCCAUUGUUUUACUGCUGGUCAUUAUCCUCGUUACAUCCUCUUUGGCUACCGACCCUUAUAAAUCCCUCGGUGUGAAUCGAAAUGCAAAUGAAAAGGAAAUCAAGCGAGCUUAUCGAAAAUUGAGUAAACGGUGGCAUCCGGACAAAAAUCCAGGAAACAAAGACGCAGAACAAAAGUUUCUGGAAGUUGGGAACGCCUAUGAAAUCCUUUCAGAUCCUGAGAAGCGAUCAAUUUAUGACAAAUACGGGGAGGAGGGUCUGAAACGGCAUCAAGCCCAGGGUGGUGGUGGGGGAGACCCAUUCGACAUUUUCAGUCGAUUCUUCGGUGGUGGUGGUGGUGGUCAACAGAGGCAAGGAGGUCAGCGGAAAGGACCAACAAUGGUUUCAGAGAUGGAGGUGGAAUUGGAAGAUAUUUAUAUUGGUCGAUCAAUUGACUUUGAAAUCAAGAGACAAGUACUAUGUCCGCUUUGUAAGGGCACUGGAGCCCGGAAACCCUCUGACGUGCAGGAAUGUGACGUAUGCGGAGGUCAUGGCGCACGAAUCGUUCGUCAUCAGCUUGGACCUGGUAUCUUCCAGCAAGUUCAGAUGCAAUGCGACGCCUGUGGUGGAGCAGGCAAGAAGAUCGCCCAUCGUUGCACAAAAUGUAAAGGGGAGAAAACCACAGAAGCAGUCAAUUCGCUCACCAUCGAUCUCGAUCGAGGUAUACCCGAUGGAUACGAAGAGACCUUUGAAGGAGAGGCGGACGAGAGUCCGGAUCAUGCAGCAGGAGAUGUUGUUCUGAGGAUUAGGACUCGCAAGCAGACUGACGGUGGCUUCAGGCGAAAGCAGGAAAAUUUGUAUUGGAAAGAAACUUUGAGGCUAGAUGAGGCCUUACUUGGAUUCACACGCAAAUUGACACAUUUAGACGGUCACAAUAUCACACUCACUCGAGAGGGCGUGACACAAAAUGGCUUUGUGCAAGUCAUGGAUGGUGAAGGAAUGCCUCGCCAUCAAGCCAUGGGCCACGGAGAUUUGUUCAUCGAGUACAGCGUAGUUCUUCCCGCGCAAGUCACGGGAGAAUUCAGGAAGGGUCUUGCGAAGCUCUUUGGAGUCAGUGAGAACCCUGCAGUCUCUUCCGAGCACACUGCACAGUCUUCAAACUCUGAACAUGGUGAACUCUAGGCCUUGAACAUAAGUUAAGAGCUCAAUAUCAAGGGAUGGACCACUGGAUGGCUGCUGAUUGUAGAGAGCAAUACAAGUUGAUUUGGGAUGUGAUAUAGACUAAAAUAGACUAAAUGCAAACAUUUUAGACCUUUC